AUGGCCAAACGCGACCGCAUCAAACGUCUCAUUUCCCUCAAGUCAACCCACCGCUGGACAUCCCAACACAUGCGCCCGCAGGCAACCGAAGAAGCCAUCUAUAAAUUCCUCUCAAGGACUCCGCCGCCAGAUAUCAUCAUCGACUGGCCCUCCUCGACCGGUAGUACAAUAGAAACAACAACGACGACGACGACGAGGAAUCCUCAUCAAGCCGUGCGCAGAAGCCCACUCUUCCACAAACUACCCCCCGAGCUACGACGGCAUCUGUAUAUCCUUGCCUUUGGCAAUAGGGUGGUACACAUUGAAGAUAGCGGUAGAGAUAAGUUGACGCGCAUGCCUUGUUUCUGUCCGUUUUCAGGUCCAGGGUGCGCACCGUGGGAGGAUCGUUGUGACCGUGAAUAUGGGAGGGGGUUGGAUGGGUUGAGGGAUCCGAUUGGGAUUAUCGGGUGGUUGUUGAGUUGUCGGAUGGCGUACGCGGAGACCAUCGGCGUCUUCUACUCAACUAACACAGUCCGCAUUCUCAGCUUCGGCGGUCUACCGCGACUGCCGACCCGUCUACCCCCAGGUAUAUUAGGGUGCAUUACUUCCCUCGAGCUAAUCCCUCGGGUCCGGCUGCACGCAUUGCCAGAGGAAUUCCUAUGCUUGCUGCCCCGAGAGAUAUUUCCAGGCCUACGCAGACUGUAUCUCUUGGUUCGCGACAUAGAGCCACCGCUACUCAAUUUCCAAGACUACGAUGGUGAGUGUGACAAGGCCGCGAAACUAGUUGCGUUUCUUAGCCGAGCUGAUCAUAUCGCGCGGAAACUGCUCGCUCACCCUUCUCGGUUGGAAGUGUUUGAAGUAGCAGUUCGGCACAGCACAUUCCGCCAUUUGAUUGCAGGGCUGGGAGAGGAAGAGAGACGGGUUGCUGUGCGGGGAGGCUUGCGAUAUCCGCAAGGAGAGCGCUUGUGGAGGAGCGUGGGGGAAUUGGAUGUUGAUAUUCAUGCGGCUGCUGAGGAUGAUGUUGGUCGUGUGGGCAGUCGUUUUAGAAAGGAGCGAGGCUAUUGGAUUCUAGAUGAUUUGUCAGGCGAAUGCGAAUGA